UGUGCUAAAGGUGGGAGGUGCAAGCGUGUGCUGUUAACACGCCACUACGCCAGGUGUCGCUAUUUCUUUUCACCCCAGAACCUUGGCUGCACAGUUAAGUGUUAAUCUCGUUUGUUUUCCGGAUGUCAACACGAUGUGUAAACACUACACUACCCAUUCAGUCCAGUGCAGAAAACAGAACCGUAGACAAGUUAUCGCUCAUGGUAACGUAUUUGUAUUAUUUGAGAAAUAAUCAGUUGACCAACCCUAUUGUUAGAGUGAAACAUCCCGGUGGAGCGACUGGGGGACAAAAGUCUCUUAUUGGCGAGGACGGCGUACGUGACGGGAGGUAAACUGCUGAAUCGGCAGUGGCAGGAAGGCAGGUCCCACAGACAGAGCGUCCGACCAUGGCAGCAGUGACAGUCGUGGAGGCUGAGAAUCCGUCGGGAAGCGAAGGCGCCUCCGACGGCUUUACCGGCAUCCACGAACGGGCUUGGGACGAAUCUCAGCUGCGGAGGUAUACGUUCUCCACUAAAGCCAUCCCCAGGCUGUCGCAUGGCGACCCUGCUGCCGAAUUGCUCAUUAACAACGAGGAGCCAGUAGUUCUAACGGACACCAACCUGGUGUAUCCUGCCCUCAAAUGGGACGUGGCGUACCUCCAGGAGAAUAUCGGCAACGGGGACUUCUCUGUCUACGUGGCGGAAAACCAUAAGUUCCUCUACUACGAUGAGAAAAAGAUGGCCAACGUGGAGAACUUUGCCCCCAAGUCACAAAGGCUGGAGAUGAAAUUCUCUGAGUUCGUGGAGAGGAUGCAGCAAGUGCAGCAAAUGGAAGGAGAGGAGAGGGUAUACCUGCAGCAGACGCUCAACGACACAGUAGGAAAGAAAAUAGUAAUGGACUUCCUCGGUUUCAAUUGGAACUGGAUCAACAAGCAACAGGCCAAGAGGAACUGGGGCCAGCUGACAUCUAACCUCCUGCUUAUAGGCAUGGAGGGUACGCAGGUUCCACUCCUCACAGGCAAUGUGACGCCGGCGCAUUACGACGAGCAGCAGAACUUCUUUGCACAAAUCAAAGGCCAUAAAAGGUGUAUUCUCUUCCCUCCAGACCAAUUUGAGUGUCUGUAUCCUUACCCUGUGCACCACCCAUGUGACAGACAGAGUCAAGUUGAUUUUGACAACCCCGACUACAAGAGGUUCCCCAAUUUUAAAAAUGUUGUGGGUUAUGAAACAGUUGUAGGCCCGGGAGAUGUGCUCUACAUCCCCAUGUAUUGGUGGCAUCACAUUGAAUCACUUCUGAGUGGGGGAGUUACAAUUACGGUCAACUUUUGGUACAAAGGGGCACCUACACCCAAGAGGAUAGAAUACCCGCUGCAAGCUCACCAGAAGGUAGCCAUCAUGCGGAACAUCGAAAAGAUGCUGGGAGAGGCGCUCGGGGACCCUCGACAAGUGGGACCGUUGCUCCGAACUAUGAUCACAGGACGCUACGAAGACCCCAACGAAGAGGCGGACCCUUGAAACAGCAUUGUAUGCCUUUCGGACUAUGUCGCUGCAUGGCAAUAAGCGCCUAUCUUGAAACCAUCGUGCUUCUCAGAGUGCCAUCGUCUUUGCCCAUCUCAUGAGAGUUGACUGUACUUGAAGAAGUUUUUUUGGGGUGUUUUGUUUUUUUCUUGGUUAGUUAUUUAUUCCAGGCAUAGCAAAUUAUGUCAUUUGACAAAAUAAAUAAAGUUAUAAGAUGUGAAGCGAACAUUUGGAGGAGUUAACCACUAGUGAAGGAUUCAGUCGGCAGGUGCCAUGUUUUCUGUCCGCAUUCAUCGAGGUCAUAUAUUGUCUAUUUAGGCGGGGAGUGAGACUGACAUCUGAAGGCUUGUGUCCUUUACAUCUAGGGACAAUGUAGGCAGUAAACAAAUCCACACAACAUAUAAAUGCACUUAUCGUAUUUGAGCAGUCAUGUGUUUGGUUGAUUAACAUAAACAUGUACAACCUGUGUUUCAAACUAAGAACUUGUUUCCAAAGGUGUACAUGCAUGUUACAUCCUAAAAUUAGGCUCAAGGAUUUUUGGCAUUUACGAACAUAAAAGUGACCCAAAACAACAUGCAACAAAAAUACUUGGAAAUAGAAAUCCAAGAGCCAAACACAUUGAAGAUCUGUUAGUACAGCCAACUGAACAGUAAGCCAUAUUUUAAAAGACUAAAGUUUACAUCACUAAUUCAAGAUUAAAAUUGAGCUUUGCAUAUGUGAUGCUGGAUGCCACAAAAGCUGCAAAGCUGGAAUGAAUGAAUCCAAAAAACAUUCAAUCUGUUGAACGACUGUGGUAGAACAAAAAAAAAAAAAAAAAAAAAUACCACUUGUUCAGUUGAAAUGAAAAGGGUUUUUUAUUCAUUCUGAUUCAAUUCAAAGUUUGUACUAGGAUAUAAACAAGUUUGUUUUGAUUGUGAAAUUUUUUACAUUGCCUUGAAUGUAAAUUGCUCUGAUGUGAAGCCAGGCUCCAGUGGCAACUCGGGUUGUACAACGCUUGGCAAAAAUUGUGGAAUCGGCCGUCUGUUAGGAUUUUAAUGCAGUUUAAAAAAAAAAAAAAAAAUGUGGGCAAAAAACAUCACAGACAUGACACAAAACUAAAGUCAUUUUGAAUGAUGACUUUCUGGCUUUAAGAAACAAAUUGAGGGAAAAUAAAAAAUUAGUCGGUAAGUUAAUUUUUUGACCAA